GGGCCAGCGCCGCUGCCGGGUGCUGGAGGCGCCAUUGGAGCCGGCUUGGCUUGCGAGCCCCGCUGAGGAGCUGGAACUUGGGCCGCAGCCGCCGCCGCGUCCGCCCCUGGUCCCUAGCCCCUCAGCGGCAUGGCGUGCGGGGCGACGCUGAAGCGACCCAUGGAGUUCGAGGCGGCGCUGCUGAGCCCCGGUUCCCCGAAGCGGCGGCGCUGCGCCCCUCUGCCCGGCCCCACUCCGGGCCUCAGGCCCCCGGACGCGGAGCCGCCGCCACCGCUUCAGACGCAGACCCCGCCGCCGACUCUCCAGCAGCCCGCCCCGCCCGGCAGCGAGCGGCGCCUUCCAACUCCGGAGCAAAUUUUUCAGAACAUAAAGCAAGAAUAUAGUCGUUAUCAGAGGUGGAGACAUUUAGAAGUUGUUCUCAAUCAGAGUGAAGCUUGUACUUCAGAAAACCAGCCUCACUCCUCAGCACUCACAGCACCUAGUUCUCCAGGUUCCUCCUGGAUGAAGAAGGAUCAGCCCACCUUUACCCUUCGACAAGUUGGAAUAAUAUGUGAGAGACUCUUAAAAGACUAUGAAGAUAAAAUUCGGGAGGAGUAUGAGCAAAUCCUCAAUACCAAACUAGCAGAACAGUAUGAAUCUUUUGUGAAAUUCACACAUGAUCAGAUUAUGCGGCGAUAUGGGACAAGACCAACAAGCUAUGUAUCCUGAAGCUUUCUUGCAUUAUCUGGGUACCAGGUUUGACCUCAAGAGAUGGCUGCUGUACACUUUUUGCAACUGGUUUGAUAUCACAUUUCAGCUCCAAACUUUGCAUCCUGAGAACACUUAAACGUUUCUGCAGGUCCAUUUUAUACAACUUGAAAGACCUUAAAACUUUCUGGUUGCCACAAGCAUAUCUUUCUUUUCUGCUCAUCCAAUAAACAGCUGUGCCCUACUGUGAUAGAUUUUUCCAAACAAAAAUACCUGGAGCAGCAGUUUAGCAAAAUAUGCCUUCAGUGGCACUCAACAAAUGGAGUUUCCCCAAGCACAGUUCUGUAAGAAGUGUGUGUGAGAGUGUGUGUAUGUGUGUGUAUGUAUAUUUUAAGUUAUUAUUUGUAUUGUGCAAAUUUUUUUUGAUCUUGGGGAUUCUGGCUGUGAAUUUGAUGCACGACAAUUAUGGUUAAAAACAUUUGCUUGGUCUACAGAAGAUCAUUAAUGUUUUGUGACCAUAUAAGUUGUAACAGUGGAUUGUUUUAUGUGUAGGUAUUAUUGUUAAAUACAGGGACUGUUUCCAGGCACAGAAUAUGAAUCAUAAGUUAGGAUGGACAUUAGAUGUGAUUAUGAGGAUAUAGCAAAGGUCUGCGGUCCUAGAUCUACAAAUGUGUGGUGAGAAAUUAGAACAAACUGGAGACAGGCCAUUGACACAUGGACUCUACCUAGUCGUGUUAGGGAAAAAAAAAAAAAAAAAAUCUUUUGACUCCAAGCCUUAAAA